GAGCCGCGCAGUGUCGCCGCCAUUUUGUGAGGCUCGAGCGGCGGGCAGGGGCGCAGGCUUGGCCGAGAUGGUGAAGCUGUUCAUCGGGAACCUGCCGCGGGAGGCGACGGAGCAGGAGAUCCGCUCGCUCUUCGAGCAGUACGGCAAGGUGCUGGAGUGCGACAUCAUCAAGAACUACGGCUUCGUGCACAUUGAGGACAAGACGGCGGCCGAGGACGCCAUCCGCAACCUGCACCACCACAAGCUGCACGGCGUCUGCAUCAACGUGGAGGCCAGCAAGAACAAGAGCAAGGCCUCCACCAAGCUGCACGUGGGCAACAUCAGCCCCACCUGCACCAACCUGGAGCUGCGGGCCAAGUUCGAGGAGUACGGCCCCGUCAUCGAGUGCGACAUCGUCAAGGACUAUGCCUUUGUGCACAUGGAGCGGGCGGAGGACGCGGUGGAGGCCAUCCGCGGCCUGGACAACACCGAGUUCCAAGGCAAGCGGAUGCGCGUGCAGUUGUCCACGAGUCGGCUCAGGACCGCGCCCGGGAUGGGAGACAAGAGCGGCUGCUACCGGUGCGGGAAGGAAGGGCACUGGUCUAAAGAGUGUCCGGUAGAUCGCCCGGGGCAAGUGGCUGACUUUACCGAGGCCUAUAAUGAGCAGUACGGAGCGGUGCGCACUCCCUACCCCGCGGGCUAUGGGGAGACCAUGUAUUACGAUGACGGGUAUGGCGGAAUGGUCGACUACUACAAGCGCUACCGCGUGAGGUCCUAUGCGACGGCCUCUGCAUACGACGCCUAUGCAGAGCAGACCAUGGCCCAGUACUCGCAGUACGCGCAGUACUCGCAAGUGCAGUCCACGGCCAUGGCCGCCACCACAGCCAUGGCCAGUCGCAUCCCCACCACCCUAGACCCGUACGAUAGAGCUCUGCUGCCGACCCCGGGAGCGGCAGCCGCCGUGGCCGCCGCCGCCACCGCGGCCGCGGCGGCCGCCUCCUCCACCUAUUACACCCGGGAUAGAAGCCCCCUGCGCCGCACGGCAGCCGCGGCCACCACCGUCGGAGAGGCUUACACUUACGAUCGUAGUCAGCUGUCGCCGGUCUCGUCGGUCGCUCGGGCCUCCCUCUACGACAUGCAGCGGUUCGAGCGGGACCCGUACGCGGACAGGGCGCGGUACUCUGCGUUUUGAGUCGGAGGUAAGAUAUUUGCGGCUGGACGUCGGGUUCCUGUUGCACAUGAAAUCUGUAUCAUGCGUCUCAAACUGUGCUGGGCUUCAAAUACCUAUU